GCCCAGGGGCUCCCGCAAGUCGUCACAACGUACGAUAAAUUUCAACAUAGUAACCACCACUUAUAUUUUUUGCGCGACUCUAAAAGUGAUGGACUGCCUUUAGGAUUUAUAAGAGUCGGAAAAAAGAGUUUGUUUCUUUUUGAUAGCUUUGGGGAGUGUAAUGAAGUGGAACCAACUUGCGUUUUGGAUUUUUAUGUGGCAGGGCCUUUCAGAAGAAAAGGAUAUGGUAGGAGGCUUUUUGAAGGGAUGCUGAGGGUAAGUGUCAUUUCCUUGUGUUUUGAAUUCGAAUAA